CGCCGUGUCCGUGCUGGAGGAGCCGCGAGAGAGCCACGUCCAGCAGCAGGGCAAGAGCAACUACUUCAUCGAGCACGCAGACCUGGGGGCCCACUACUACCGCAAGUACUUCUACAUGAAAGAUCACCAGAACUUCUUUGGUGUGGACGACCGGCUGGGGCCGGUGGCCAUCAGCUUCCGACGGGAGGAGAAGGAGGGGUCCAGCGGAGCCCAGUACAACUACAGGAUCAUCUUCCGCACGACAGAGCUGAAGACCCUGAGGGGCUCCAUCCUGGAGGAGUCUGUUCCCUCCGCGGCUCGCCACGCCACGCCCCGCGGCCUCUCCCCGAAGCGCCUCCUGGAGUUCAUCAUCCCCGAGCUCAACCUGCACUGCCUGCGCCUGGCGUCCACGUCCCCCAAGGUCCGGGACACCCUGCUGAAGCUGGACGAGCAGGGGCUCAACUUCCAGCGGAAGGUGGGAGUGAUGUACUGCCGGGCCAAUCAGAGCUCGGAGGAGGACAUGUACAACAACGAGAGCGCCGGGCCCGCCUUCGAGGAGUUCCUGGACCUGCUGGGGGAGCGUGUGCGUCUGCGCGGCUUCGAGAAGUACCGAGCGCAGCUGGACACCAAGACGGACUCCACCGGCUCGCACUCCCUGUACACGCGUUACCAGGACUACGAGCUCAUGUUCCAUGUGUCCACCAUGUUACCCUAUACGGCCAACAACACGCAGCAGUUACUGAGGAAGAGGCACAUCGGCAAUGACAUCGUGACCAUCGUCUUCCAAGAGCCAGGGGCCUUGCCCUUCACCCCGAAAUCCAUCCGUUCUCACUUCCAGCACGUCUUCAUCGUCAUCCAAGCCCACCAGCCCUGCACUGAAAACACCUACUACAGGGUAGCCGUGACGCGGUCCAAGGACAUCCCAUUGUUCGGGCCGCUGUUCCCGAAGGGAGCGCGCUUCCCCCGGUCCCCGGCCUUCCGCGACUUCCUGCUGGCCAAGGCGGUGAACGCGGAGAACGCGGCGGAGAAGUCGGAGAAGUUCCGCUCCAUGGCCACGCGCACGCGGCAGGAGUACCUGAAGGACCUGGCGGAGAACUACGUCACCACCACGCCCAUCGACUCCUCCACCAAGUUCCCGCUGCUGUCGCUGGGCAGCAAGCGCAAGGACAAGCUGAAGGGGGCCAAGGGGGCGGAGCUGCACAGCGCCGGGGCCCUGGUGUGGGCGGUGACGGACGGCAGCGAUAGGCUGCCCUGUCUGCUGGGCGUGUCCGCCGAGUCGGUGGUGCUGAUCGAGCGCUGCACGCGCCGCGUGGUCUUCAACUGCUGCUGCCGCGACGUGAUUGGCUGGAAGGCGGUGCUGGAGGGCGGAGCCAAGGGCGGGCCUUCCCUGGACAUCUUUUACGAGCGGGGGGAGGCGGUGUCCGUCUGCGUGCCGGAGAGCCAAUCGGAGGACAUCCGGGAGGUUGUGCAGAGAUUGGAGCUGGUGACGCGGGGGUGCGAGACGCGGGAGGUGACCCCCCUCCGGGACGGGGUGGGCCAGCCGGGCUUCCUGCUGAGCGAGGAGGGCUUCGUGACGGAGCUCCAGCGCUUCGGCUACGCGGAGAGCGGGGGCCUGCAGCUGGGGGCCCGGGUGGUGCUGCUCUGCGGCCAGCUCCUGGUGUCCCUGCGGCCGGAGGAGAGGGCCAGCCUGCUCCGCACCGCGCCCAGGAUCCACCUCACCGUCAUCCCGCCGGACGAGAACGGGAAGCCGCGCCGGAGUUUUUCAGAGCUAUACCUGAAAGCCAUUCAGGACACGGACCGCAAGUCGGGAGAAGGGCAGUCGGGGGAGGCAUGGGUGCUGGACGAACGAGAGGAAGAGGAGGAAGAGGAGGAAGAGGAGGAUACGGAGGGAGAGGAGAUGCAGGAGGGCGAGUGUGAAGAAGCAGAGCCCUCGGGAGACGGGGAGGGCAGUGCGGAGGUGGCCUCUGGAGCCGGGGACCAGGGCUCCCUCCUGUCCCUGCCAAGCCUGCCCCUGCUGAGGGCCACCUCCCUGCAGGAGAACCACCCAUCCCAGCCCCCCGAAAUCACCCCCUCCCCCCUGACACGCAGCUACUCCCUGGAGAGGCACCCACCACGUCAGGAUUCACACGAUGACCAUACGUAUGAGAACAUGAAGGACUUGUCGGACAGGAACAUCUACGAGAACAUGGGGGCGCUGCGAGAUACCACGCCCGACCUCAUCCUGGCCGUCAAACCCAAAGUCCCCCUGGACGAGGAGGAGCUCCAGAAGCAGUUUGUGGGGGUGGAGCUGGUGAAGGACCGACCCAGCACUCCUCCCACCUGUUCGGACGGUGGAGACCGCAGCUCCCGAGCCUUGAGUCUGCACAACUCCAUCACCAAAAUCUUGUCAGAAACCACCGAUUCCUCAGAGGAAGAGUGGCAAUCCAUCGCUGACCUGGCAACCGCCUGUCGCAGUAUACUGGAAGCUCUGUCCCGAGAAGAUCAGAAGGCGGGAGAUGAAGCCUCAGCUGAUGGCAUGGAUGUGUCUGGGCUGGCAGACUGCAAGCUGAGUGACUCCCCUGGCCACUUGGAGGAGAAGGUAUCUCAGCUGGAGAUCAUGUUGAAGAGGCUGCAGGACGACCUGCAAAAGCCCCGGCCCCCGCUUGCGCACUGUGGAUCUUGGGAUGGCUACACCACCGCUCCCCCUCUAUGACGCAGCGGGCUUGGGUCAGAGGGAGCAGUGGCAGCGAAGGCCCUGCCACCCGUCUAACCAGGGCAGGGCACUCUCUCCACACCAUGUGAGUGUGUGUGCAUGUGCACGCCUGUGUGUGACUCUGUGUGUGUGUGUGUGUGUGUGUGUGUGUGUGUACAUGUCGGGGGUGCUGGAGUCCAUAGGUGUGAAUAAAUGUGGCUUGAUAACUGCGAUGUGCAACAAGUUGGCAGGAUUGUGCAGAAUAACACAGCUGUCAACGAAAGUAAGAACAAAAAAAAAAAAAAUCUUAUGAAAAAGAACUGAUAAGAGAAUACAGUGCAAUCUCUCUGUGGAACCAUUUCUCAAACGGAACUGUAGCUUUUUCAUGUUUGUAUAACCACAGUUUCCUUCCUGAGGCCUCGCUGUGCUUCUGCCAGGAAACCCUUUACCACUGCAUUGCCAAUUUCACUGCUAUAUGCAAGGUCUCUGGUUCAAAGCGGCCCUGCUGCCCUCCUGCGAGCGUGGUCAGGCCUGUCCCUGAGACUGCAGCAGGAACACGAACUCUGAUCACAAACUGAAGGAAGCGGAUCAUGCGCUGGACACAAGAUAGAAAAAAACUGACAUUUUACGUGACUCCUUGUUACAAUUAAACUGAGCCGACAAGCUUAUAUUUUA